GAGGAACUCAAGACUUCACUGAAGCCCUUACAGGAGAAAUUGAAGGUCUUUGGAGAAGUUAAACUAACCUGUCAUAAAACAGCCAACCACAUCAAAAGCCAGGCCCAGCACACAGAGAGGCUGAUUAAGAUGAGGUUUGAGAAGCUUCAUCAGUUUCUAUAUGAGGAAGAGAGAGCCAGGAUAGCUGAACUGAAGGAGGAAGAGAAGCAGAAGAGUCAGAUGAUGAAGAAGAAGAUUGAGAAGAUGAGCAGAGAGAUAUCAUCACUUUCAGACACAAUCAGAACCAUAGAAGAAGAGCUGGGAGCUGAGGACAUCUCAUUCCUGCAGAACUACAAGGAUACAGUGAAAAGAGCCCAGUGUACACUGCCAGAUCCAGAGAGGGUUUCAGGAGCGCUGAUCGAUGUGGCAAAGCACCUGGGAAACCUGCAGUUCAGAGUCUGGGAGAAGAUGCAGGGAGUAGUUCAGUACACUCCAGUGACUCUGGACCCAACACUUCCCACCCACAUCUCAUCCUGUCUGAUGAUCUGACCAGUGUGAGAUACAGUGAUGAGAAACAGCAGCUUCCUGACAACCCAGAGAGGUUUGAUGAGGAAGAAACUGUCCUGGGUUUUG